AUGCUGGCCCUGCCCUCGACGCCCUUCGCGCCUUUGCCCUCGCGGCCCGCGCCCGCGCGGGGUUUCAGUUCCCCGCGGCUUCCGCCGCGGAGCAGCGGCGUUCAGCGAUGGCACGCCUUCGCCCUGGCCGCCGCCGGUUUUGGAAGCGCGAAAGCGCGGGCGCUCCGAAAGCGGCUCAGCGAGCGGCGGGCGGCGGAUGUGCUGGAGGCCUGGGAGACGCUGCGGCGCCAGCGCCGCCCCUCGCCGCAGACCCGGCGGCUGCUGGCGGAGCUGGCGCAGGCCACCAGACCCGGCAGGUGGCGCACUGCCAUAGAUCUCCUUAACAAGGCGCGCGCCUGGCAGACGGACCUGGGCUUGGAAUCCUACAAGGAUCUCCUGAAAGCCUGCAAGAGGGACGCCCAAGACCGAGCGGCCGUGGAGAUUCUUCUGCGCCUGACGGACGCUGGCCUGGUGCCGGAUGUGGAGAUCUACGAGCGCGUGGUGGCGGUGGUCUUGGCCUCCAGGAGCCGAGGCGUGCGACGGCCGGGGCGCAUGUCCUCACCGGUGGAUGAUGAAGAGAUGUCGGAGCUGAUUGAGGAGAUGUGGGACUACAUCCGGGAAUCAGGCGGUGACUUCCCGCGGGCGCUGCGGGUCUCGGGCCGCGCCGGGCGGUUGAGCGCCGCGGUCGAGGCCUUCGACGCCAUGCCGGAGCAGCAGGACGCCGCGGGCUUUGCCGCGCUGAUGGAGGCCUGCGGGACCUGCAACCAGCCCAAGGCGGUGCUGCUGCUGCUGCAGGAGGCACUCCAUCGGCGCGUAGGAGAGGAGCGGUUGCUCUUCCGCAGCGCCAUUACGGCCAUGGCUGGGACCAAGUGCUUCCGGCAGGGGCUGAAGCUGCUUGAGGACUCGAGGGCCAGGGGUCUCGCGGCGGAGCCGGUGACCUGCGACGAAGCGGCCAUUGAGUGCUGCGUGGCCCUGAACUUCACCUCCUGGAUCCCCCAGUUGCUGCAGGAGGCCUAUGAGACCUUGGCGGCAACUCGGGACAUCAACUCCAUGCGGUCCAUGACAUGCGCCUACGCCAAGGCCCAGGAGUGGGAAUUCGCCCUGGUGCUGUUGGACACCUUUCCGGCCCACGGCAUCCCGCGGUCCGACAAGGAGAUGAACGCAGUGCUGCAGGCGUGCUUCAAGUGCGGAGAGGGCCUCAAGGCCUUGGAGUUGUUCCAACAGAUGGAGACCUUAGACCUGCAGCCGGACACGUUGUCCUGCUUCAUCGCCAUCUUGAUGCUCUCCAGGGACAGCUCCAAGGCGGCGGGAGAGCUUUCGACCAGACUCACGAAGCAGGGUCUGAUUCCGCGCUGGAUCGAUAGGAAGACCUGCAUCAACGUGCAGGACCUGUCGGAGGAGGUGGCGCUCGUGGCCCUCCAGAUCUUUGUGGAGGAGUCGGCGGGCAAGACGCAAGUCCGGGACUUGUGCGUCAUCGUCAACAACCAGUUGACAGGCGACACACCGGAAGUCCGGGAGCGGAAGCAGAAGCUCCUCGCGCUUUUGGAGCGGCAGUACGGUGUCACCGCAGACGCCAGCCACAGCGGGGAGGUCCGCAUCUCCAGGCUGGAGCUCAUGAAGUACGGAGGCCAGAUCUCGGUGAAGCAAAAGACCCGGCAGCGCCAGAGCUCCAUGGCGGACUCCUGCUACCAGGCCCUCUAUUGCCUCGCCCUUUGUGCAGAUGACAGUUAG